AUGUCGCUUGCACACGCAGCUGCAGAGUACAUGCUAUCAGACGCCCUGCUGCCCGACCGCAGGGGCCCCCGCCUCAAAGGACUGCGCCUGGAACUCCCCCUGGAUCGCCUAGUCAAAUUCGUAGCCGUGGGCUUCCCCUUGUUGCUGAUGUCCCUGGCCUUUGCCCAGGAGUUCUCCUCCGGGUCUCCCAUCAGCUGCUUCUCGCCCAGUAACUUCAGCGCUCGGCAGGCCGCCUAUGUGGACAGUUCCUGUUGGGACUCGCUGGUUCACCACCAACAGGAUGAUGAGCCUGGUCGGUACCAGCUGAAAUCCCUCUGGCCUCACAAGGCCCUCCCCUACUCCCUGCUGGCCCUGGCCGUGGCCAUGUACCUGCCAGUUCUGCUGUGGCAGUACGCAGCCGCGCCGGCCCUCAGCUCGGACCUGCUGUUCAUCAUCAGCGAACUGGACAAAUCCUAUAACCGCUCCAUCCGCCUGGUGCAGCACAUGGUGAAGAUCCGGCACAAGAGCUCGGACCCCCAUGUUUUCUGGGACGAGCUGGACAAGGCCCGCACAGAACGAUACUUCGAGUUCCCCUUGCUGGAGCGGUACCUGGCGUGUAAGCAGCGCUCACACUCACUAGUGGCUACCUACCUCCUGAGGAACUCCCUCUUGCUCCUCUUCACCUCAGCCACCUACCUGUACCUGGGCCACUUCCACCUGGAUGUCUUCUUCCAAAAGGAGUUCAGUUGUUCUGUUAAGACAGAGCUGCUAAGCAAUGAGACCUACAUCCCCGACCUCAUCACCUGCCGACUGACCUCCCUGUCUGUUUUCCAGAUUGUUAGUCUCUCCACUAUAGCAACAUACACCCUCCUGGUGCCAGUGAUCAUCUACAACCUCACACGGCUAUGUCGGUGGGACAAACGACUCCUAUCCAUCUACGAGAUGCUCCCAGCAUUUGACCUCCUCAGCAGGAAGAUGCUGGGGUGCCCCAUCAAUGACCUCAACGUGAUCCUUCUUUUCCUCCGAGCCAACAUCUCUGAGCUCAUCUCUUUUAGCUGGUUGAGUGUCUUAUGUGUGUUGAAGGACACGACCACUCAGAAGCACAACAUUGACACGGUGGUCGAUUUCAUGACUUUAUUAGCUGGCUUAGAACCCUCAAAACCUAAACACCUCACUCGCCAGGUGAGUGACGAAAACCCAUAG